GCAGUGCCGUGUUGUAGUGUCGUGUCAUCCUGCGCUACGUCAACGAUCCACCCGAACGUGGAGGCAACGAUCGAUCGCGUAUCCUCUCUGAAAUCCGUUCGCUACCGGGUCGUUGCCUGGUGACCCGGUCUUCUGCGUGGACAAGGCGUAUCCGGGCCUCGUUGCAGACGCGACCCGUCGCUCGCGGCGUGUAAACAAUCGAAAACGACUCUCCGUGGGGUGUCGUUCCCAAGAACGAGAUCUCCGUCAAGUGUUUAUCCGGCUGUCCCCCCCCCUCCGGAACGCUGCCACGAUCGUUGAUUUUUCGCGAGUGUCAGUGUGAUAUCGCCGAAUUGUUGAGUGCACGAAGUUCGUCGUCGCGAGAAGGAGGAAGGACUGGUUAACCACUGGCGGCCCCAGGGAACCGCGGAGGAAGGGGACAGUGAAGGUGUCAAACGUCCGCGACUCCUCAUUGACAUUUCCGUGACAUUUAGUGCGCGAUUCGAGGCGAGUGCGAAACACCUUUUCGUGUAACACGCGUGAGAGAUCGUCCCCGCCGGCCGCCACGGAGGCCGGAGAAAGUCACAAGGGCAGGGAAUCGUGUCGAUGACGGUUCUCCCGUGCCUUAUCACCGCCGUACACGGCUUAUCUCGCGUUAUCUGUCUCUCGGAAUCGGCCCGUGCACGUGCACCUACGCGAUAAAAGGGGGCUCGACGACCUCUGCACUCCGGGGCCAGCACGUUCCCGCCGUCGACGACGUCGGUACCGACGACCCGGAGGCAUGAUCCUCGACGGACUUCCACUGCGUUCGCGCGCGAAACUGAUCUGACGUCCAACAGGUGGUCGGUUGCACGCUGACGGAAGCGACGAGCCUCCGCGAGCCAGACCUGCCGCUUCCAAACGUCCAUCGGGCAGUCGUUUCUCACGACGGAAGUUCAUAUCAGAGAUCAAACUGGACAUACUUACCGCCACGUCGGGACGUACGGAGUGGAGAUGUCCGCGGGUCGCUGAGAGAAUGAGGGAGCUGGACACCGAAAGCCCUGUUGUCUGGCCGGCCUGGUGCUAUACUGGUGAGGUGUCAGGUGAAAACGUUUCCGCGGGUUCUGGACCACGUGGCGGCGAUCGUGGAGAGGCGACCGAUUUAGGCACACACGCGGAAAACAACGACGGGGCCACCCUGGCCGCCAACACAGCGGUCGACGCCAGGGGCGGAAGCCCCCAGGGCGCCCACCUCUCCGGUGCGGCCACCCCCAGACCGCCCAGGAGUCGAAGGCGGCAGAAUCAGAAUGGUCUCAACACUACUCAAGUCAAAACCGAGCGUCUCACGCCAGACAAUAAUUCGACGUCCUCGAGGAGCGUGACGCCGUCGUCGUCCAGCCACCCAGGAACGCCGCCAAAUGCUACCCCGUUGGGUGGACCGGAGGGCCCACCACCACCCUACCACCUCAAGCACAUGGAGCAGAUGAUGGAACAAAAUUGUAGCGAUUUCAUGAGAAGGCUCGCUGCCAAGUACAAUAACGCCAACCCCAACGAUUACUUCAGUUCACCUAGGAACGGCUACCCUCCCGGUUUAGAUCCAAGGUUUCCGGCGUUUAAAACGGCCGCGACGCCCUUCGUUGGUUUGAUGGCGCCUCUGGGUGCACCUCAACCAUCGACUGUACCAACCACCUCACCUCUUUCUAGCAAAGACCCGAAGGAACAGAAGCAAGACAGCCUCUUCGGCAACCCGGUGUUUCCGCCGAUGCUCGAUAUGUCGUCGACGCAGGCGCUAUUGCACAUGGUCAGGACUGCGAACGCCGCGCAGAAUGCAGCUGAGCUGGAAACCUACCUUAAAGGUGCGAACAAAAGAGACGCAGGAGUGACGAGUCCCUUGGAUCUUUCGACUCCCGGGGGAUUCGCACCGCGGAAGAGGCAGAAGGCGGAGACCAGGAGACCGGGAAGCGUGUCUCCUAAACCGAAACCAACCCCUAGGCCCACUACACCACCCCCUGUGAGGUGUCCGUCCCUUUGCGGCCACAUGCCCUGCGGCGAUGGGCAGGCUGUCAAUCGAUGGACCAUCGAGGACGUCGUCAAUUACGUGUCAUCGAUCGACAGUUGCGCGGAGUACGCACAGAACUUCCGCGAGCAUCGCAUCGACGGAGCAGCGCUGCCGCUGCUGUCCGAAGACCACCUGACGGGCCCAAUGGGUAUGAAGCUGGGCCCUGCUCUGAAGCUGCGUGCCCUGCUGGCCCGGAAACUAGGCGCUUGCACGGUGUGCUUGCACUGCGCGCACUGCCACCAGACGCCGCUUCCGGCGUUGAACGCGGCUGCGGCCGCCGCGGCGGUGUCGCAGCAACAGCACCAGCAGCAACAACAACAGCAACAACAGAUGCCCGGCAGACGACCGAGCAGCACGGGGAACUGACACAUAGUGGCGGGGACUCCACUCGGUCUGCAGAGCGCGUCGACGCCCUCUUCGGACCCGAACAGGGCUCUCAGGAUAGAACGGCGCGUACCGCGACCGAUACGCAAGCCGGAAGUCAUCUUCAAGAAGCCCAUAAAACAGUGACGCGGUACCACGCGAGAUUCACCCCGUGUGACGAUUAACCGCGGACGCUAGUGUUCCGGAGGCUCCGCCUGUUGUUUUAGUGUUCGUUUCGAGACUCAGAGAGUGGGGGGAGAAUUUUGGAGUAGAGAACGAAAGGAGGAAGGACGAAAACGAGAAUCUGUCCGUUGCAAUCGAGUACCUGGAUAAAACGGCUGCGAAGGAUCCUCGACUUUGGUGGCGAUACGG